AUGACGGUACUUCAAGUUACAUUCUUCGUACUUUUUGCUGCGGUUUAUUGCGAAAAUUUCGAUGAGGAACUUCUCAUCAAAGAUCUUGGUCAUGGCUAUACAGCAUUCCAUUUCAAUUUCGCUGCUUCAACUUCAGAGUCUGUUUUCUAUUCAAAACACUAUAACAUUCUUCCUAAAUCCAUUAUUCAAAUUCUUAAAAAAUAUAAUGUUGGUGAAUUUCACCUUUCCAUCUCAAAAGGCAUAUGGGAUGAACGUUGGGGUAGUAACUUUGUUUCAGCUUCCUCUUCUGGAGCUGAACUAUGGGCAUGGUUUGGAAAUCAAACUAACAGUGUUGAUCAAUCAUGGUUUGAAUUAACACAUGCCCUUUCGGGAUUAUUCUGCGCUUCUUUAAACCGACUAUCUACAAAUGAACAUUUCGUCUCUCCAAUCCACUCUUACAAGCUGUUUGGAAUAUCAGAAUUCACUAAAGUUCGUGGGGAGGUCCGAUAUUCUCAGCUACCUGGUGAGUCUUUGUGCACUGAAAAUUUGACUCCAUGGACUAAGUACUUACCAUGCAAAUCGUUUGUCGGUUUGGGAAGCUUUCUGCAGCCAACUUCAUUGUUUAAAUCAAAUUACAACACUAUGACUGUUGGAGUGAGACGAAUAUGCUUGGAUUCAGAGUGUGAUAAAAUCGGACUAGAGCUCAAGGAAACAUUAACAGUUGUCUUUGACAGAAGUUUGUUGUUUGCAAAAAGAACAUCUCCUUGGUCUAUCAAGAGUAUCCUUGGUUCAAAAUUUAAAGGAUUUUGCGAUGUCGCAAACUCCAGUCGCGUGUUCAUCCUUACUUCAUAUGAAGAUAUGAAUUUCCCUUUAGACAAUAACCUAAAAGUCGACUAUCUAGAUAAUCGUGUUCUGGCUGCAUAUUCGACCAGGGAUGUAUCCACGUUAUUCACAUCUUUCCCUUUCGAAAUUACUGGAAAAAUGUCCUCUUCACAGCACUUACCUCUUGUAUCAGCUACCAAAUAUAUUACUGGUUCUGGAAAUGUAAGGGGUGGAGUCAAAGUUCUUCUCACUAGUCGAGCUAAUUUCGAUAUAAAGAUAAUCUAUUUUGAUCUAAUUCCAUGGUACACACAAGUUUUUUUCAGUUCCUUGAAAAUCUACUGUUUAGAUCCCAAAACACAAAACCGGACAGUGAUUUAUCCACAUUGGUUGGCGAUUAAACCAAGUUUGGCAAGAAAACGUAUGGGAAGUAUUGAAUUAAUUAUCACUUUGCCUGCUUUUAAUCAGGUAGUCAUUACUUAUGAAUUUCGAAAAGUUUUACAACGCUGGAAUGAGUUUCCACCAGACGCCAAUCACGGAUUUUUUCUUCCUGCAGCAACUGUUUCUUAUGAGUUAAACGGUGAACAAAUUGAUUACUUAAAUAAAACAAAGCAUGCUGCAUCACACAAUUUGAAUCUUCCGAAUUGGGCCAGUAGUUAUAAUCAGUUUUUCAAUUCAAUACAAACCAAUAUAACUCAUUCUGCGGCUCAGGAUAGCUUUGUCCGUCUACAUACUCCUAUAUCCCUGGUCACAAUGCCAACACCAGAUUUUAGUAUGCCAUUUAACGUUCUUUGUUUGGUUUGUUCAGUUGUUGCUGUUGUUUUUGGUUCUGUGCAUAAAUCUACUACUACUGUUCUGAACGUUACUCCUCAAGUAGACAACGAUUCACUGUUAAAACAACUGGUCGACAUUAAUAAACAGAUAUUUCAAUUUCAAGGAAUCAAUGUACAAAUACAUACAUCAGUGAACUCUUCCCCGAGUUAUGGUCACUAUACUUGGAAGUGUGCAGAAGCCUUGUCUGAUUUCUUGGUAAAGCAUCCUGAAGAAGUCCGAGGACUUCGAAUUCUCGAAUUAGGGGCUGGCACAGGACUUUGUGGAAUCACUGCAGCACUUCUCGGUGCCCUUCACGUCCGAUUCACUGACAAAGACUUGACAUAUUUGGACACACUACAUCUUAAUGCUCAGCUGAAUGGAAUCAACAAUUAUGAUUUUACUCCUCUAGAUUGGAAUUAUCCUCUUGAUUGGUCGGGUGAGAUCUUUGAUAUCAUUUUAGCAUCUGAUUGUUUGUAUGAUAAGAAAGUAUAUGAACCUUUCUUGAAGACUGCGACUUUACUAUUAAGAAUAAACAGCAAUGCAUCUUUACUUCUUUCCUUUGAAAAUCGCUGCUCUUUUACAGAUGGCGCAGUUUUGUUUAAGAAAUAUGGCCUCGAAGCCAAUGUUUUAACUACGCCUGAUAAUUCAUUCGCGAAUAUCCGCUUAUUGCGUAUUACCUCUGGUCAACAAUAA